CCCACACCAUGCCGGCCGCCGCGCCGACCCCGCUCCACCCCGGCGCGGCUCCUGCUGCCACUGCGCCGGACGCCGAGGCUUGUUGGACCAUUCGCCACACAAUGCAAGCUCAAAAGUAAAAGAGAGGAAACUACAUGGGACUUGUCCUCCUAUUGGUCGUGGGAACUAUGGGAAGCCAUGUUUGAGUGAAAGCAGCCAUAGGUCCUCAUUUUUCAGUCCCCGCAAGGGUUUUCACACGAUACAUUCAGAGCACAGCCCUGUGAAGCCAAGGAUAAUUACAGUGGUGAAACCCGGGGGACGCACGCUCAGGAGGAUAACCUUACUUCUCAACAGGAGGUCAGUCCAGACCUUUGAACAGCUCAUGGCUGACAUUUCAGAAGCUCUGGGAUUUCCUCGUUGGAAGAAUGACCGUGUGAGAAAACUUUACAAUCUGAGAGGCAGAGAAAUCCGAAGCGUUUCUGACUUUUUCAGGGAAGGUGAUGCGUUCAUAGCUAUGGGGAGGGAGCCCCUCACUUUGAAGGACCUGGAAGUGGUAUUACAAGAACUUUAUCCUGAAAAUCCUUAUGCUGCCAGUGCUGCCAUUCAGCAGAAUGAGGAGCAGUCCCGAAAACUGAAGAGCAGGCUGUAUGACAAGGCUUUGAAAGUAGACAGUGGCUUUGAUGAGACAGAAAUUACCAAGAACUGCAGCGAUGGCAUGUCUCCCCAACUGGUAGCUGGACAUGAAGGAAAAAGUCAAGCCAAAACAAAGGAAGAAGAAAAAAUGAGAACAAAAAAAAAGUGGACUAGAGAGAGCUGGAGUGGUGAACAGGGAGUGAAGCCUUCUAGGAAAACCCGAGAAAGUGAGAGGUACCUUAACCAUGAGAGGAGUUCUGAGGAGGGUUUAGAAGAGAGUUCAGAGGAGGUGCUGAGAUGUGAGAAGUGUGAACAGGAAAGGCAGGCCAGAGAAAAGUUACAAAGGGAAAGGAAGGCUGAGGCCUCAUUUGAAAAUAGAGACCUGAACACAGGCGCAUGUCAGAGGUACCAGGUAGAAAGAAAUGCAAAAAUCAGGAACUGCCGAAAAUCUUCUGAAACUUGUCUGGAUGGUGAGGAAGUUGGCUGGAAAGAUAAUGGCAGUAGGAGGAUGUGGAAACCCCUACAAAAGAUUGUUAAUGAAGGGCUGGAGAAGCAAAAAAGGAACAUGGAGAAGGAUGUGGAGAAGCAUGAAAACCAUGGGAAGGAAGUAGUAAAAAUCAGGAAGAAUGCUGUAGAAGGGCUCCAUCUAUCUCAUGAAGUGAAAGAAGAUAAUGGAAGUAGCUGUGUCAUGAACCAAAGUGGUUGGCUAAAGAAAGACACUCUGAGGGAUGCUGAGAAACUGUCUAAAACACACAGGGAGGUCAGAGAGGGACAAAGGGCUAAAGAGGAAGCUGCCAGAAGAGAGGGGAAUGUCACACAUAGAGAAAGUGACAUGACUAGACGGGAAAAAACAGGGGAGCGCAGAGUGAAUAAAGAGGAAAACAAGGCUCAGGGAUUGGAAAGCACAAGCCGGAGGUAUGCCAUUAAAAGCAGAACUGAUGUGGAAAAACACUAUGAUAUUGGUAGAACUAUUGGGGAUGGGAACUUUGCAGUGGUGAAGGAGUGUCGCCACUGUGAUUCCAAUCAGAUCUACGCCAUGAAAAUUGUUGAUAAAUCCAAGCUAAAGGGGAAAGAGGACAUGAUGGAAAGUGAAAUUCUGAUCAUUAGGAGUCUCUCUCAUCCCAAUAUAGUAAGCUUAAUUGAGGUGUAUGAGACAGAAGCUGAGAUCUACUUAAUCCUAGAGUAUGUCCCAGGAGGGGACUUAUUUGAUGCAAUCAUAGAAAGUGUGAAGUUCACAGAGCAUGAUGCUGCUGUCAUGAUCACUGAUCUGUGUGAAGCACUGGUUUAUAUUCACAGCAAGAACAUUGUCCACAGGGACCUCAAACCAGAAAAUCUUUUGGUUCAGCACAAUGCAGAUAAAUCUACUACACUGAAACUAGCAGAUUUUGGCCUUGCAAAGCAGGUUACAAAACCCAUAUUUACAGUGUGUGGAACACCAACGUAUGUUGCCCCUGAAAUACUUGCUGAGAAGGGCUAUGGGCUCGAAGUAGAUAUGUGGGCAGCUGGUGUCAUCCUUUACAUUCUGCUCUGCGGUUUUCCCCCUUUUCGCAGUCAGGACCGUGAUCAAGAUGAGCUGUUUCAGAUCAUACAGCUGGGUCACUAUGAGUUCCUUUCCCCUUACUGGGACAAUAUUUCUGCAGCGGCAAAAGACCUCAUAACCAGGCUGUUGAUAGUGGAUCCCCUGAAGCGCUACACAGCACGUCAAGUACUUCAGCACCCUUGGAUCAGAACAGCCGGAAAAACUAACAGCAGGAAUUUGCAGAGGGAAGUGACAAUAAAUAUUGAGCGCCACUUCCGGGCCCAGCGCCGAAAGGAAGUUGCUGAUGAGAACACAUGAAGUCUAUUCAAGCUUGUUUAGUCUUCUUUUUAUUGAUUAACAAAUCAUUUAUGUUUUCUUUUCUAAAUGAAUUGGGAUUUUAGUGUAUAGCUAUUGGUGGCUAUCUCCAUACCUUUUUUUUUUUUAUUCUGAGAUUCUGAAGGACAGAGAUAAAAUUCACAUCCAGGUGCUCUGUUGAUAGCAGUUGGGACUAGAAAAGUCCUGGAGGGUGUCUAUUAUUUUUCUUUAAAUACUGAUUUGGGCUCUUAUAUAUGUUUUAGAUGACAAAUGUUUGCUUCUGUGGCUGACACUAGUGAUGAGUCUUCUCUCAUCCUUUUUGUAUGAUAUGUUCCAGGAGUUUUUUGUUUUCAAAAUAGCUGUCUGCAUAUACAUCUUGCCCUAAUUCUUUCAACUGUAUUUCCACUAAUUCCCUGUAGCCACAGAGAAAGAAGAAUAAAAAGUAAAUAUGUUCUUUAGCUGUAGAAUAUAUUAAAUAACCAGCCAGAUACUAUAUUUAUUAAGUUGUGAGAGAAGAAAAAUCCUUAUAGACUAAAUCUGAUGUUUUAUGAUGUCUGCCUUGGCAAAAUCUCUCGCUGGUUGUUCUCAGGGUCAGGGUAACAGAUGGUACAAUGUUUCUGUUAAACAAUAAUGGUGCUGUGUAGUAGGGUAGUUUAAUUUGUUUUUGAGAAGUGGGAAGAUAUCAUGACUGAUACCUUUUCAAGACUGUGAUAAUGAGGACUUUCAGAGAGCUUUUCUUCCUAUUCUGGGAAGUAAGAAGAUGAGUGUUUCGAAGGGCACUUUGGUUCUUUUCCCAAAGUCAUAAUUACGGAAUGAUAACUCAAGCAUUUUUCCACGUUCAUUUUUUUCCUGGGAGCCAUCCAUGUGCAUCUGUGACUCUUCCAUGCUGAUGGAGAAGAAAAAGCUGAGAAACUAUGACUAAAGUUAACCCUUGCCUUCACAGUUCCCCUUUCAUCAGCACACUUCACAGCUGAAUUGCUUUUAUACACUUCUUUAGUGUAGUUUAGCAAUUGCUGGGGUUUUUUUCCCCCCUCUUACCCUCCCUGGGCCUCUUUCUCCUUGCUUCCAUGAGAAUGGGCAAUGGGAUGAAAUUACACUGAAGUCCAACCUGAGGAAAAGCAACUUGUUGGCUAUGGAAAGGUCUCCCAGGGAAAGUGUCAGAUGUUCUAUUGCAUGUAGGUUUUUUAUAUUUUUAUUGGAUGUAGUUUUAAAGAAAUCCUGAGGGGAAAAAUACAGUCCAGAGAAGGGUUGUGACCUGGAAUAGCUUUUGAAUCUCAGAAUUUUUGGUUAACUAAUCAAAUUCAAAAAGCACUUGAGUUGUCCAUUUAAUAAUU